CGCAUGCGUGCUUAGCAAGUGGCCAAAAUAGCCUUUGAGUAAGUGGCAGCUUUAAAAAGCCAUCCAGCUGCUGACUUCAAGUUAGAAGGUCAGCAAAGGAAAGUAGAAGUUGGAUUCCAGAGGCUUGAGGAGCAGUUGUCUGGGUGCAGGAGACUUAAACAACUCGACAGGGGAUUCGCCUUGCAAUUUUUUUCUGGUGCCCAUCUUUGUUUUCUGUCUUUGGACGUCAGGAUGAAUGUGCAGGCUUGCUCUAGGUGUGGCUAUGGAGUGUAUCCUGCUGAGAAGAUCAGCUGUCUAGAUCAGAUAUGGCACAAAGCAUGUUUUCACUGUGAGGUGUGCAAGAUGAUGCUGUCAGUUAAUAACUUUGUGAGUCACCAGAAAAGGCCCUACUGCCAUGCCCAUAACCCCAAGAACAACACUUUCACAAGUGUCUAUCACAGUCCAUUAAAUCUGAAUGUGAGGACGUCUCCAGGGGCCAUCCAUGGGGUGGUUGUCCAAGAUAAUGGUGGACAAUUUAAAUCGGUUUUUCACUGGGACAUGAAAUCCAAGGAUGGAGCAGUGGCGUCCAACAGGCAACCCCAGGUGAAUGAGAGAGCCUAUUGGAGUGGCUAUGGAGAAGAGAAUUCUUGGUGCCUAGGAAAUCUGCCUGACCCUGAAAUCGUAAGGAUGAUUGAAGCUCGAAAGUCUCUCGGUGAGGAAUUUACAGAAGACUAUGAGCAGCCGAAGGGUAAGGGGAGCUUUCCAGCCAUGAUCACACCUGCUUACCAGCGGGCCAAGAAAGCCAACCAGCUGGCCAGCCAAGUGGAGUACAAGAGGGGCCAUGAUGAACGCAUCUCCAGGUUCACCACGGUGGCUGAUACUCCUGAGCUGCUUCGGGCCAGGACAGGGGGACAGCUUCAAAGUGAUGUGAGAUACACAGAGGACUGUGAGCAGCAGAGAGGGAAGGGUAGUUUCCCUGCUAUGAUCACACCUGCAUAUCAGAUUGCCAAAAGAGCCAAUGAGCUGGCAAGUGAUGUGAGGUACCAUCAACAAUAUCAUAGAGAAAUGAAGGGAGUGACUGGUCCAGCUACUGGAGCUGAGGGCAUGUUGGCAAAGGAAUGUGAGGACCGGUAUGGCCAGGGUUACCUAGAAGAGGAGGAUGAGCAGCGAGGAAAGGGCAGCUUCCCGGCCAUGAUCACGCCAGCCUAUCAGAAUGCCAAGAAAGCCAAUGAACUUAUUAGUGAUAUCAAAUACAGGCAGGACUUCAACAAGAUGAAAGGAGCAGCACACUACCACUCCCUCCCUGCCCAAGACAACUUGGUUCUCAAGCGGGCUCAGAGCGUGAACAAGCUUGUGAGCGAGGUGGAGUACAAGAAGGAUUUGGGAAGUAGUAAAGGUCACAGUAUCAACUACUGUGAAACACCUCAAUUCAGGAAUGUGAGCAAGAUCUCAAAAUUCACCAGCGAUAAUAAAUAUAAAGAAAACUACCAGAACCACAUGAGAGGCCACUAUCAAGGAGUUGGAAUGGACAGACGGACUCUCCAUGCUAUGAAAGUUGGAAGUCUGGCAAGCAACAUUGCCUACAAGGCUGAUUAUAAACACGAUAUUGUUGAUUACAACUACCCAGCCACUCUUACUCCCUCCUAUCAAACAACUAUGAAAAUGGCUCCCCUGAAAGAUGUCAACUACAGGCAGAGCAUCGACAAGCUGAAGUAUAGCUCUGUGACCAACACCCCUCAGAUUGUUCAGGCCAAAAUCAACGCCCAGCAACUGAGUCAUGUAAAUUACCGGGCUGACUAUGAGAGAAAUAAGCUAAAUUACACGUUGCCACAGGACUUACCACAACUGGUGAAGGCUAAGACCAAUGCCACACUCUUCAGUGAGGUGAAGUACAAAGAAGGCUGGGAGAAGACAAAGGGGAAAGGCUUUGAGCUGAAGCUGGAUGCCAUGUCUCUGCUGGCUGCCAAGGCCUCUGGAGAGCUCGCUAGCAAUAUUAAAUACAAAGAAGAAUAUGAAAAGACAAAAGGCAAAGUCACUGGAGCGACAGACUCCAGGCUCCUGCAUUCCCUGCAGGUGGCCAAGAUGAGCAGUGAGGUUGAAUAUAAGAAAGGCUUUGAAGAGAGCAAGACCCACUUUCACCUGCCCAUGGAUAUGGUCAACAUCAGACAUGCUAAGAAGGCUCAAGCUCUGGCCAGUGACCUGGAUUACAGAAAGAAACUGCACAAAUAUACUGUGCUGCCCGAAGACAUGAGUGCCCAGUGGGCCAAAAAAGCCUACGGGCUCCAGAGUGAACUGCAGUACAAGGCUGACCUGGCGUGGAUGAAAGGCGUCGGGUGGCUGACUGAGGGCAGUCUCAAUUUGGAACAGGCCAAGAAAGCUGGACAACUGGCCAGUGAGAAAAGCUACCGGCAGAAGGCAGAUGAGCUGAAGUUCACCAGUGUGACUGACAGCUUCCAGAUGGAGCAUGCCAAGAAGAGCCAAGAGUUGCAGAGCAGGGUGGCCUACAUGGCAGAGAACGAGCAGUCUGUCCAUCAGUACGGCAUCAGCAAAGACGAGCCUCUCUUCUUACGGGCACGAGCCAAUGCUGCCAAUCUCAGUGAGAAAGUGUAUAAGAGCAGCUGGGAAAAUCAGAAGGUCAAAGGGUUCGAGCUACGACUUGACUCCUUAAUUUUCCUGGCAGCCAAAGCCAAGAGGGACCUUGCCAGUGAGGUGAAGUACAAGGAGGACUAUGAGAGGUCCAGGGGCAAGCUCAUCGGGGCCAAAGAUGCCCAGGGGGAUUCGCAAAUGAGCCACUCACUACACAUGUCCAAGCUGCAGAGUGAGCUGGAGUACAAGAAAGGGUGUGAGGACGCCAGAUCUCAGUGCCAUGUCUCCCUGGAUAUGAUCCACCUCGCUCAUGCUUGCAGGGCCCAGCACUUAGCCACAGACAUAGGCUAUAAGACGGCGUCCCACCAUUUCACAGCUUUGCCCACAGAUAUGAAGCUGGAGUGGGCCAAGAAGGCGUACGGUUUGCAGAGUGAUAACCAAUACAGGGCAGAUGUGAAGUGGAUGAAAGGCACGGGCUGGGUCGCCACCGGGUCAUUAAAUGUGGAGCAGGCGAAGAAGGCAGGAGAACUCAUUAGCGAGAAGAAGUACCGUCAGCAUCCAGAUGCUUUGAAGUUUACCAGUAUUAAAGACACUCCGGAGAUGGUCCAGGCCAGAAUUAGUUAUACCCAAGCAGUGGAUAGGCUCUACAGAGAGCAAGGAGAAAACAUAAAGCAUCAUUACACACAGACAACUGACCUCCCCGAAGUCCUGCUGGCCAAGUUGAAUGCCAUGAAUCUCAGCGAGAUACGUUACAAGGAAUCCUGGAACAAACUCCGAGACGGUGGUUACAAACUGAGACUGGAUGCCAUUCCAUUCCAGGCAGCGAAGGCUUCUGGGAAAAUCAUAAGUGACUACAAAUACAAAGAGGCAUUUGAGAAAAUGAAAGGACAGAUGCUUGGCUCCCGGAGCCUUGAAGAUGAUAUCAGCCUUGCACAUUCAGUGCACGCCAGCUCACUGCAGAGUGAAGUGAAUUACAGGAAAGACUUUGAACACUCCAGGGCACAGUUCCACCUGCCGUUGGACAUGGUAACCCUGGUCCAUGCCAAGAAGGCUCAGAGCCUGGCCAGCGACCAGGACUACAGAUGUCCGCUCCCACAGCACACAUCCUUGGCAGAAGACCUGAGGCUUAGCUGUGCCAAGAAAGCCCACCAGCUGCAGAGCGAGAAUCUCUACCGGUCAGACCUGAACUUUAUGCGAGGGGUUGCCUGUGUCAUUCCAGGAACACUAGAGAUUGAAGGGAGAAAAAAAGCCUCUGAACUCAUCAGUGAGAGUAAGUAUCGCCAGCACCCCCAGAUGUUCAAGUACACGACGGUGACUGACACACCCAGCCUCCUUCAUGCUAAACUCAGCAGCCAGAUUACCAACGAGCGCCUCUAUAAAGCAGCUGGGGAGGAUGCCAGACACCAGUACACUAUGACCCUGGGCCUGCCUGAGUUUCUUCGUGCAAAAACCAAUGCAGCCAUCCUGAGUGAUGCAAAAUACAAGGAGUCUGGGCGUAAUCUCCGUGCUCAAGGCUACAAGCUGACAAUAGAUGCUCUCCCCUUCCAAGCAGCCCGGGCCUCUGGAGAUCUAGCCAGCGAUUUUCUCUACAGACACAAUUUUGUGAAGGAGCGAGGGAAGCUGAUUGGAGUGCAGAGUGUGGAUGCGGACCCCUGGCUGCAGCACUGCCGGCAGAUGGGCCGGCUACAGAGUGAGCUUCAGUACCGACGGGAGGCAGCGGGUGACCAUGCCCAGUGCCACCUGCCACUGGACAUGGUGCCCCUGGUGCAUGCCAGGAAGGCCCAGGCCCUGGCCAGUGACCAUGACUACCGGAUGCACUGUCACCAGUUCACCACGCUGCCUGAGGACUUGAAGAUGGCCUGGGCCAAGAGGGCACAUGCUCUGCAGAGUGAGUUCUGCUACAAGUCAGACCUGAUGGGCAUGAAGGGGACAGGCUGGCUGACACAGAGCUCCCCUCAGAUAGAAUGUGCAAAGAAGGCUGGAGAACUCAUCAGCGAGAUCAAAUACCGUGAAAGACCAGACCAUAUCAAGUUCACCACAGUGGUUGACUCCCCAGAUUUUGUUCAUGCCAAGAACAGCUACAGGCACUGCAAUGAGCGGCUGUACAGGUCUGGGGAUGCGGAAUCCCUACACAGAUACACGCUGAUCCCAGAUCACCCUGAUUUCACCAGGGCCCGCCUCAAUGCUCUGCAUCUGAGUGACAAAGCCUACAGAAACUCUUGGGAACAGACUCGGGCUGGCAGCUAUGACUUCAGGCUGGAUGCAAUCCCAUUCCAGACUGCCCGGGCCUCCAGAGAGAUUGCCAGUGAUUUCCGCUACAGAGAGGCCUUCCUGAGGGACCGGGGCCUUCAGAUUGGCUACCGUAGCAUCAACGAUGACCCAAGGAUGAGGCAUUUCCUCAAUGUGGGAAGACUACAGAGUGACAAUGAGUAUAAGAAGGACUUUGCCAAUAAUCGAUCCCAGUUUCACAGCUGCCCAGACCAGCCUGGCUUCCUCCAUGCCAAGAGAAGCCAGCAGCUGGCCAGUGAUGUUUUAUAUAGGCAGCCCCUGCCUCAGCCCACCAGCGACACAGAGCAGCUGGGCCUGAAGCAUGCGCAGAGAGCCCACCAGCUACAGAGUGAUGUCAAGUACAAAUCAGACUUGAACCUGACCAGAGGCAUUGGUUGGACCCCUCCAGGCUCCUAUAAAGUGGAAAUGGCUCGGCGGGCUGCAGAACUGGCCAACACAAGGGCCCUGGGUCUCCGGGGGGCUUAUCGGGGGGCAGAGGCUAUGGAGACUGGAGAAAAUCAGAGGGGAGAUGUGAACCCGGAUGCCACUGAAAUUCUGCACAUCAAGAGGAGGAAGGCUCGACUCUUAUGAGAGUGUGGUAUCACCUAAGAUUCGUGGGGCUGAAGCUGGAGGGGAGUCUCCAUGCUCAGAUGACUUCAGUCUGGGAAAGCUGUAAGAGUGACAUGCUGGCCCAUCCCCAGAUCCACCUUUAUUAAAAACAGCAACUGUGGAUGGAUUGAGAA